UCGCAAUGGACAUUUGAUUGCACCAAUCGAAAGUUGACAUGCUGAGCUCCACGACCGUGUAAAAAUUUCAUCAAUCGGCCUAUUCGUUUUAAUUUCGGACGGAUUUGAAAACCCACCAUUAAGUGCGACCUGUUGGUCCCCGCGCGCGUUUUUUCCCAUUGUCCCAUAUUGGGCGCCAAGUGGGCCCCGCCACCGCUGCUCUUAUCCCCCACGAUGAAUAUGUCAAAUCUUUGACGCCUUAGUUUCCCAACUUGAUGGCUUCACAUUUUUAAGUGAUUGAUACCAAUGUGUGCCAUUUUCAUUCCUCUAUCGAAAACUGUUUCACCAGAGGUGUAGAAAGAACUGACUGCCCUCAACUUAUCUCACUCUGUCUGAAUUUACUGGAAAAUGUCCAGGAGAGGAUGCAGAGUGACUAACAAGAGGGAAUCGCUGCCAGGACAGAAACUACUUCCUGUCAUCCUUAACCGCAAGCGAAAAUCUGAAACUCAUGUGCAGGAUUACGAGAAUGAUGUGAGGGACAUGAGGGCAAGGCAGCCGUACCAUCAGCAACAGGCUUGGGAGGAGAAUGUAGGAUGGGAGACAUCAAGUCAGUCAUCAUCUGUCAGCAAUUCUACUUCAGACUUCCGCCGACUGGCUGUCUCGUCGCAAAUUUUAACAUCGCGACUCAGCCCUUUCCCCAAGUUCAACUGGGCAGAUCCGGAUGAGGUUUGGAAUUCUUUGUGUCGUAAGGAUCGCCUUUACAAGCGGAAUCACGACUACAUCCUUGCUCAUCCAUCUCUGCAACCAAGAAUGCGGGCCAUCCUCCUCGACUGGCUUGUUGAGGUGUGUGAAGUGUACCGGUUGCAUCGUGAGACCUACCAUCUGGCGCUGGACUUUGUCGACCGUUACUUGGCCACCCAGACCGACAUACCCAAACAGCAACUUCAGUUGAUUGGUAUCGCCGCUUUGUUUAUCGCUGCCAAGAUCGAAGAGAUUUAUCCUCCCAAGUUGAACGAGUUUGCCUACGUCACUGACGGUGCCUGUAGCGAGGCCGAGAUCAUGAUGAAGGAGCUUGUUAUCAUGAAGAGCUUAAAUUGGGAACUGUCGCCCGCCACUGCCAACUGUUGGCUGGGAAUUUACAUGCAAUUGGCCAACGCACUUGGUGACAAGGAAGAAUUGGAAUCCAAGGAGAAUAGCGGCAGCAAGAUGGAGACUAAACAGUUUUCCAGUCACACCUUUGUUCAAGCUGCCCGUCUGCUCGACCUUUCCACAAUGGAUAUUCUCAGUCUUCGCUAUACGUACAGCGCCAUCGCCGCAGCCGCCGUCUACCACAUCGUGGGCGAGCGGGUGGCGCUUCAAUGCUCUGGGUAUUCUUGGGAGGAAAUUUCAUCGUGCAUUUAUUGGAUGGCACCAUUUGCACUGACCUUGCGCGAAGCCGGACCUGUGGAAAUUAAGACCUUUUCACAGAUUCCCAUCGAGGACACGCAUAACAUACAGACGCACAACAUCGACCUCAGCAUACUGGAAGCUGCUCAAAGCCGGUUAACAGAGUCUGCCGCGUCGCCACCCAGUCCAGCGCUGGGCCCUCUGGGUAUGCUGACGCCUCCGCAAAGCAAAAACAAGGGCCGGACGAGCGCUCCCCUUUCACCCGUCAAUAAUAACACCACUGCCAAUGCCGUAGUACUGACACCUUCCACUCUGAACUCUGAAAGCCCUCGUUGUUCGACCAUAACAUCCGAGUGGAAUGACGAUGCUCAGUCAGCCAUUUCGUAUUCGUAAAACAAAAUUUCCUUUCUUCUUCGUUUUAAAUUCGAUCAUCAUUUCAAACGGCGUCAUUUUGCGCGCGUUAUCGUUCGUUGUUCGACACAGGACAUGGCUACAAACGUUCUUUUCAAUUCUUCUUUUUUGUUGUUGGAAGCUGGACGACCGCAAUAAGAGUGCCAUUCCUCCCCUCCCUUUUCCUUGUUUUACAAAAGAGUUUGAAGAAUUUCCAUGUCACCGGUAAUUAUUUGACAGGAUCAAUGGUUCCACAAGCUUUUUGAUAAUCUUUUUUUGUUCAGGGAAAGGCAUUAUUUUUACAAAAAACAAUUCAUCUUUUCUUAAUGAAAACCUGAUUUGAGGAUUUUACUUAAUUUCUUUCAUUUUUGGUUCAUCAGAGAAUUAACGAAGCUCGCAUGAUAGUCUAGUCCUUUCAGUUGCAAUAAUGCCUUGGGUUAGGUGGGGUUGAAGCCAUUCUCAACUUCAUAACGCCGUACAGUUCACAUCUCAAGGACGUCCUUUGCAUUUGAUUUCUUUUUAUGAGCCGUUUCAUUUUUAAUUCAUUUUUCUCUUUUUUUAACGGUUUCGUUUUAAAACAACUGCCUGAGCCUAUCGUCUGAAAGCGCAGUGUAUUUUAUGCGACUGACGCCAUUGCUAUUGAACUUCCAACAGCCUCAAUGUCGUAUAAUAAUUGUCUGUGGUAAGUGUUAAGUGUUUGCCGACGACCAAUUCACCCCUGUAUUUGCCCAUGCCGUGCCUCAUACCUGUAUUCGUAUUGAUUCGCCAAAUUCAACGAAAAUGUGCACAGACAUCGAACGUGUCAGUAAAAGACUUGAACAGAAGAAAGUUGAAAAGUUUGCGGACUUGGAUUGACAUCUAGACAUUCAUUCCUUCUUCGUUUUUGUGUGUUUCUCUCUUCAAUUCUUGAAUUCAGCAUAUUUUACCUGCCAUUUUUGUACAUUUUCAUCAUCCAUUUCUUAUCCAUUUCUUUUUCCAUUUUUCUGGAUUUUCCCAUUAUGAUUUUGUCAUGCCAUCACAUCAGUCUCUUGAUUCCCUUUUUGUCUCCCUGAGGUUAAUAAAUAAACUAUAUUUCAAUUA